AUGUUGGUUCCUAUAGAGAGAAGUAAAGUUAAGAGCUAUGAACAGGGAAGGAUAGAGGGUGUUACACCAUUGAACUACUGGGAUGCACAGGAUUCACGGGCAGAUUGCUAUCCAAGACGAGGUUCGCCCACCAGCCUGUCCAGUGGCGGCACGGGAGUGGCGGCCGUCCAUCAACAAGGGGACACGGCCGCGACUGCAGCCCCUUCGGAAUUGAGC